AUGUAUUUUUUCUUGUGUAAUCUCUCUGCUCUUGACAUUGUUUAUACGUCGGUCACAUCUCCAAAACUGAUUUACGUCUUUGCCACAAACAGCGGAAAUAUUUCCUUCAAAGCGUGUAUUGUACAACUUUACUUUUUCAUUGCUUUUGGAAGCACAGAAUAUUUACUGCUAACUCUGAUGUCUUAUGAUCGUUAUUUAGCGAUUUGUAAACCUUUACAUUAUACAUUGAUAAUGAACAAAAAGGUACGUACGCUUGGAGCCACAAGUACAUGGCUGGGUGGACUACUUGCGGCUUUUCCUAUAGUUAUGGUUACGACCAACCUAAAAUAUUGUUCUUCCAAAGCAAUCAAUCAUUUCUUUUGUGAUAUUACUGCAUUAAUAAAAAUCUCUUGCGGAGACACCACGGUUAUACACAUUGUAAUAUUAAUCCAGGGUGUCAUCCUUGUAAUGUCUUCUUUCCUGCUAACUCUACUAUCCUACAUUUGUAUUAUUUCUUCCAUUUUGAAGAUACGUACCUCAAAAGGAAAACGUAAGGCAUUCGCCACUUGUGCCUCACACCUUACUACCGUGAGUGCGUUCUAUUGUUUGAUCUUUGAGUUGUACAUGAAAUCAAAAUCUUCAAUUUCACUAAACGAGGGAAAAGUACUGACCGUUCUGUACGUCUACGUGAUUCCUAUGUUAAACCCAAUGGUUUACAGCUUCCGAAACAGAGAUGUAAGGCUGUCUCUAAGGAAAAUAAUACAUCAUUAG